AUGGCUGAUCCAUCUAUCUAUCCCCAUGAGCUCGCCAGCCGCACUAUCCGCCUGCUUGCCGUCGAACCAGGCGACCGCGAAACUCCACUGCGAUGCCAGCUCGCGGAAACAUAUCUGGAUACUACUUCAAUCUCUUAUUAUGCGUUGUCAUACUGCUGGGGCCCAAAUCACUCCCUUAUCGAAAUAACAUGCAACUCGCGUCCCCUCUUCGUAACGCCUAAUCUACAUGCUUUCUUACUCGAAUACCGUCACAGAGGCACCAACAUACCUCUUUGGGUCGACGCCAUCUGCAUCGAUCAGUCAAAUAACUCUGAACGCACGUCUCAAGUUCGCAUGAUGGAUCAAAUAUACUCCAGAGCGGAUUGCGUGGUCGUAUGGUUGGGUGAAGCAAAAGCGACCGAUAGAUUGGCGGUGGACGUACUGAGGCUCAUCCAUGUGGUGUGGGCUAGCACUCCGAAGGUCUCGCAUUUGGACCAUUCUCGGGAUGUCCUAGCGCAUGACGCGUGGCUAUCUUCAAACGUACCACAAGUGUCCUGGAAUGCGCUGGCUGCGUUUCUCCUACGACCGUGGUUCAGUCGUAUGUGGAUGUACGUAACACAUCGUCCUUGA